GCAAAAGUAGUGUUUUCAACAAAAACCUCACCCUGCUGUCUUUAACAGACAGAUGUGUCACUCUAUGUGAUUAUUUGACAUAAAAACAGCUGAAAAGGAUGUUUCUAAAGUCAAGUGUCAAUGUGGUCUGACACCUCCCCCCUCUGAGUGGUUUAAGGCUUUAAAGAUGACAACAGAGAAGGUGUCAGUGUAGGUUUCAGUCUGUUUCUCAGCUGGUGAAAAACUCCUUAUAGUGCCUUUAAGUAGUGGUGAACGCUUAGAGAGCAAGUCAAAGUAUUCAGUAAGUUUAAAACAGUAACUGAAGUAGAAGAAGUUCAUUCUUCAUUUGUCUUCAUCUUAACACAAGUCUGAGAGAAAGAAGAGUUUGUGUCUAUAAAUCUGAUAUUGUUUAUUAGAAUACAGAUUGAUUUAUUGCUUGUGUUUGUUGAAGAAUACAUGAAGAGGACCCUGAGAAAAUAUCUCAAUUACAUUCUUUUCCAAAAUCGUUCAGCCCCAGUUACUGUGAACGACACUGAGUUAGUGCCACACACAGAGGAAAUGCACUUCACAUCCCACUGAACAGAAGAUGAAUGAACCCCUGGUCCUCACACUGACUCCCUCAGAAGUGCUGAUCAGUGAUCAACGUCUGUUUUGUAUUUAUACUUGGUGGCCUUUGGUAAAAGCAGCUGAUCGUGGUCGUUCUGUACGAAGACUUUGUAACAGUGACUGAAGAUAUCGUGAUAUUUCUGUAACCUGAUCAGCGAUGUGGUUUCUGUGAGCUCUGCAUGAAAGUCCUGAACCCGUGUGUUCACUUCUCCCCUGGUGUUUAAAUCCUGACACACAGACCGGGUGUGAGGAACCAUGAGUGAUGAUGUCACCACCCUGAGACUGGAGGUGAAUGUUCCUCUGUAGACGUGAUGAUGUCACCACUCUGAGACUGGAGGUGAUGUUCCUCUGUAGACGUGAUGAUGUCACCACGCUGAGACUGGAGGUGAUGUUCCUCUGUAGACGUGAUGAUGUCACCACGCUGAGACUGGAGGUGAAUGUUCCUCUGUAGACGUGAUGAUGUCACCACACUGAGACUGGAGGUGAAUGUUCCUCUGUAGACGUGAUGAUGUCACCACUCUGAGACUGGAGGUGAUGUUCCUCUGUAGACGUGAUGAAGUCACCACGCUGAGACUGGAGGUGAUGUUCCUCUGUAGACGUGAUGAUGUCACCACGCUGAGACUGGAGGUGAUGUUCCUCUGUAGACGUGAUGAUGUCACCACGCUGAGACUGGAGGUGAUGUUCCUCUGUAGACGUGAUGAUGUCACCACGCUGAGACUGGAGGUGAUGUUCCUCUGUAGACGUGAUGAUGUCACCACGCUGAGACUGGAGGUGAUGUUCCUCUGUAGACGUGAUGAUGUCACCACGCUGAGACUGGAGGUGAUGUUCCUCUGUAGACGUGAUGAUGUCACCACGCUGAGACUGGAGGUGAUGUUCCUCUGUAGACGUGAUGAUGUCACCACGCUGAGACUGGAGGUGAUGUUCCUCUGUAGACGUGAUGAUGUCACCACACUGAGACUGGAGGUGAUGUUCCUCUGUAGACGUGAUGAUGUCACCACUCUGAGACUGGAGGUGAUGUUCCUCUGUAGACGUGAUGAUGUCACCACUCUGAGACUGGAGGUGAUGUUCCUCUGUAGACGUGAUGAUGUCACCACGCUGAGACUGGAGGUGAAUGUUCCUCUGUAGACGUGAUGAUGUCACCACGCUGAGACUGGAGGUGAUGUUCCUCUGUAGACGUGAUGAUGUCACCACGCUGAGACUGGAGGUGAAUGUUCCUCUGUAGACGUGAUGAUGUCACCACGCUGAGACUGGAGGUGAUGUUCCUCCGUAGACGUGAUGAUGAGAAGACAUGAUUAUUAAAAUGUGUUUGGACCAGGAGGAGGCAGGUUCAUGUUGGUACUGAUGAAUUUGUGUGAUGAAGCCUGUCUCUGAGUUAUUUGUAUAUAUUGGUAAUAUUUUGAUGUUUCUGCUGUUUGUGGAUUAUUAUUAUUAUUAUUAUUAUUAUUAUUGUUAUUAUUAUUAUAUGAAUAUUAUUUUUCCAUUCUGAUAUUCUCACGGUGGUUUUUAUGGUAGCUGAUGAAACGUUGCUCUAUCUGUUCAAAAAGCUUUAUGGGCAUGACUGUUACAAACAAAACAAAGAUCCUUUUGCCGAAGCUGGUCGGCCUGUUUGAGAAUAAAAGUUGUU